GUUUCGUUGGCGUUGAAGUUUACCAUGCGGUAGCGUUGUUACUUUGCGUGCUUUUGCUGCAGCUGCAGCUGGUGCUUUUCUUUUCUUGAUUUUUUUCCUACGCUGUCGGAACCGAAAUGUUAUCUGUAAUUGCCUAUCUGCAAUUCUUGCGUCUCUAUCCUAUUCCUGUACUUUUUCUUGUCUGGUUUAGGAAGUCGAAUGCGAAAAGUGUAUCCGUAUUCCGACGCUUGCCAUGCAUUCUCUUUUGGAGGGUUGGUUGCUCAUCCAUGAUCUAACCCGCAGGACUGCAGGGAGGAAACCAGGGUGCGAGCUUCUUUGGGUAGGAGAGGGGGGUGAUCGUCGUCUGGGUUAUAGAUUCCCAUGUCCGUGAGAUUGUCUCCCGUCUGUAGCUCUUUGCGUGCUUUCGUGAUUGCCUCGUUGCUUAUUCCUUCUGACUUUGUCUCGAUAUGGG